AAUAGAGAGAACGCGGGGUUGUGCCGAAACGUUUCCAUAGAACACGGCUGCUGGGUGCGUCGGUCGGCGUCGAGGUAGAAAGCAGAGGAGCAGCGACGGGGAGUGAGCUAGCCGGAGAAAGAGGUAGGGUUUUACAUUAUACUCAGUCCACCGGGCCACCAUCCUCUCGCGACAUCCACUCUCCUUUCUCCUUUAACAUAUUGUUUCCCCGUUUUAUUAACUGUGAACUAUGAUUGAUUUGGUAGUUCGAUAUUCAACCGAAGAACAUGGUCUUUUUAUUCUGUUAACAAGAGGUGAAAUACACACUACCCUUGAUUUGUUAUAAGUGAUUGGCAAUUUUUGGAAUUAAACAAUGUUCAGAGGCCCUGCAACUACUCUCUUAAGGAUUUCCUCUUCAAGAAAACGUGCCUCCCGGUUUAGGAUUUUUACAGGGAACCGAUUGUUACAUUCUGUUGGACAAUAUGAUGAUCAUAAAAUUCUCCAAAGUAAUCCAGUGCGUCCUUUCUCAACCACUGUGAACCAAGUUUGGUUUAGAUUGCUUUCUCAGAGCUCAAGGUUUGGAGUUUUUAGUAGUUUCAAUGUAAGAGGAAUCUCAAUCCCUGUGGGGCCUGAAAAAGACAACGAAGAUGGUAAUAGUGUAAGCAGUUCAAAUGUGGUAGAAGUUAAUGGUGAUAAUGACCUAAGGUCAUCAAAACCAAGGAGCUACGAGAACAUCAAAUCAUGUGAUCCUGUUGAACUAUACAGUGAGCUUCGUAGUGUUGAAAUGGGUGGUUCGAAGGUAGAACCUUCUGAUCAGUUAACCCUUCAAGAGAUAUUUCGGUACUUUCUCCAUUCUGGUUGGGCUAGCAAUCAGGCUCUUGGUAUUUACAUUGGCAUGUCAUUUUUUCCAACGGCAGUCAGUAAGUUUCGAAGCUUUUUCUUUAAGAAAUGUUCUACUGACAUUGUCAAGUAUUUGGUGUUUCUUGGCCCUUCAGAUGAUGCAGUCAAAUUCCUUUUUCCAAUAUUUGUUGAAUAUUGUUUAGAAGAGUUUCCAGAUGAGAUUAAGCGGUUUCAAAGUAUGGUUAAAUCAGCUGAUCUUACUAAGCCACACACCUGGUUUCCAUUCGCACGAGCAAUGAAGCGUAAAAUUAUAUACCAUUGUGGUCCAACUAAUAGUGGUAAAACUUACAAUGCUUUGCAGAGGUUUAUGGAAGCAAAGAAGGGGAUUUAUUGCAGCCCUCUUAGGUUAUUGGCCAUGGAAGUGUUUGAUAAGGUGAAUGCUCAUGGUGUCUAUUGUAGCCUUCUCACAGGUCAAGAAAAGAAGCUUCUACCAUUUUCUAGUCAUAUAGCCUGUACAGUUGAAAUGGUGUCAACAGAUGAGCUAUUUGAGAUUGCUGUCAUCGAUGAGAUUCAGAUGAUGUCAGAUUCUUGUAGAGGAUUUGCAUGGACGAGGGCCUUGCUUGGAUUGAGAGCUGAUGAGAUCCACUUAUGUGGGGAUCCUAGUGUUCUAAAUGUUGUUCGAAAGAUCUGUUCCGAAACUGGUGAUGAGUUGCAUGAACAACACUAUGAGAGGUUUAAGCCAUUGGUUGUUGAAGCUAAAACACUUUUAGGUGAUUUUAAAAAUGUUAGAUCUGGUGAUUGUAUUGUUGCCUUUUCAAGAAGGGAGAUAUUUGAGGUUAAGUUGGCGAUUGAGAAAUUCACCAAUCAUCGAUGUUGUGUUAUUUAUGGAUCUUUACCACCGGAGACUCGUAGACAUCAAGCAACUUUGUUUAAUGAUCAAGAUAAUGAAUUUGAUGUGCUUGUUGCUAGUGAUGCAGUGGGAAUGGGUCUAAAUCUUAAUAUUGGGAGAGUCGUGUUUUACACCCUUUCAAAGUUCAAUGGGGACAAGAUUGUGCCCGUUCCUGCUUCACAGGUUAAGCAGAUUGCUGGGAGAGCAGGGCGCAGAGGAAGUCGCUAUCCAGAUGGACUUACAACCACAUUUAGUUUGGAUGAUCUUGAUUACUUGAUUGAAUGUUUGAAACAACCUUUCGAUGAUGUUAAGAAAAUUGGUCUGUUUCCUUCCUUUGAGCAAGUUGAGCUAUUUGCAGGGCAAAUCUCUAAAGUUGCAUUCGCCGAUCUAUUGCAAAAAUUUAGUGAAAAUUGUCGACUAGAUGGUUCUUACUUUUUGUGUCGGCAUGACAAUAUUAAGAAAGUUGCAAACAUGUUGGAGAAGGUCCCAGGACUAUCUCUAGAAGAUCGUUAUAACUUCUGUUUUGCCCCUGUUAAUGUUAGAGAUCCGAAGGCAAUGUACCAUCUUUUGAGGUUUGCUUCGUCGUAUAGUCACAAUGUUCCUGUGAGCAUUGCAAUGGGCAUGCCAAAGGGUUCUGCUCGAAAUGAUUCGGAGCUAUUGGAUCUUGAAACGAAGCAUCAAGUAUUGUCGAUGUAUCUUUGGCUGUCCCAACACUUUAAGGAAGAAACUUUUCCUUAUGUUAAGAAGGUUGAGGUGAUGGCAACAGAUAUUGCUGAAUUAUUAGGUCAAUCUUUGACAAAAGCUAAUUGGAAACCAGAAUCAAGGCAAGCCGGGAAACCUAAGCCUCGAGACAAAGAAGGCCAUGAAAAGACAAAGUCUCCCGUGAGGGUGCAGGAGAAGCAAGUUUUUUAAAUUUAAGGAUGGAGGCUGUCCCAUGGUAGGAAGAUGUCGCAGAUUUGGUUUAGAAAGGCAAAAGAGCGGCUAGUCUCAGCCUAGCUUAUGCUGUGCUCCUCUCCAACUCUUGUUUGGAAAAGUUUUGUGUAUGUUCGAGUUGUCUGAUGAUUUAGAUUUAUCCGAGAACCAAAUACAUAAUUGUAGUCUUGAGUUUUUGAUUUAGAUAUAAAAAAGAAAUUAGUUCCUUCGACACUCGCAAUUAAUAACAUCGAGUCCCCUGUCUUGAAAUGCCUGUGUUACCUCAGAUGGUAGAGUUUGUAGUACCCAAAGCACGAAAAGGAUCUUGUAGUCGAGCGAGAAGGGGGAGGGACAGACACAAUCUAAUCUAACAACAUAGAGGCUUUGGAACACAAGAUAGAAGCCACAAAACUGAUGGAAGAAACGUAACGUACUUGAAUUAUUGUACUCAACAAUAGUAGUUUUACUAUUUGAAAAUUUUCACCUUCAUUCUCCAA